AUGCUAUCCACUUCACUGGGAAACCUUUCGGCUCCUCCAAAACCUCAAAGGCGGAUUGCGAGACUUCGGAGUGUAGCUAAUGAUUGUGCAGCAAGUCUUCCUCAGUUGCUGGAACACAAUUCGAUUUCAGAAACAAUGAAUAAUAACUUUGGAGACAAACGAGAUGCAAGUAGUACGACGUUGUGUUCAUCUGUUCAUGCAGAGUCCUGCCCAACUGACACUGAAGAUGCAAUAAUUCGAAAUAUAAAGUUGCCCGGCUUCCGAGGAAAUAUCUCAAGAGCUCUCAGUCAAAAGAGCAAUUCUCCAUCUGUCUGUCGAACGCCAACUCCUCGAACAGCUCCUCCAUCUUAUGAACAGUUUCAAGUUUUGAGACGGAGCUCAAUGAAAUUUUGUUUUAAUUCAGCAAGUUCACAAUCUCUACACCAUAAAAACAGUAUCCUCUCUCCUCCUCCUCCACCAAAUCCAUCUUCAUCCAGAUCUAACACAGUUACUGUUAAUGGAGUUCAUGUAAAACAAGCGAUGAACAUAAUAGAUACAAGUACUGACAGUGCAAAUACAAUUCUUCGAUCUCCAUACAGUACUCGCUCGGAUAGCAUCACAAGUGUGGACUCUGGUCAAUGUUCAGGGGAUCAGGUGGAAAGAAGAUCGUUGUGUUCUGUGAGGCAAGAAAGUAAAGAGGAAGAUGAUUCGGGAAUGCCGAGUUACGCCAGAAUGGCUAGUACAAUGGAUCAUGUUCUCCGAACAUCUUCAGCGUUGUAUACCCUCUUGUCGUCUCCUCUUGAUCCGAGUAUCUGCAGAGAUUUGUUGGCAAAGUCAUCAGUAUUCCUUCAACUAUUGGAAUCAUCUCCCUGCACGAACUAUCUUCCAAAAACGGAAAUAGCAAGAUUGAAAAUGAAUGUUCAAGAACUACAAAAAAAUCGAGAUAAAGGAAUAAUGGACAUGAACAACAUGACAAACUUUUUUGCGAUUCUCCUUCGUAAAUCUAUCGAAUCUGUUCUACUGGUUUUUGUAAGGAUUAUUGGAAAAUAUUUAUCGGAAACCAAUGGAAAAGAUCGAUUGACCCCAAUUUGCCUCGAACAUCUCAUUCAUAUUUGUCUAUUUGGGGAUGAACUUUGUCUAGAAGCUAUUCAAAAGAACUGCAUUUCUUCUGUCAUUAAAAUUAUGAAGAACGAUCAACCUCAAGAAAACACUCUUCGAUUUCUGUUGAGAACUUUAGCGAUAUUAUGUGGAGUUUCGAAAGGUGCACUUGCUUUGCUUACGCAAGGAGGACUGGAUAUUGUGGUGGAUCGCCUUCUGUCCAUCUCAUCUUCAAUUUGCUCAGUAGAAGCGGCUGGGAUAUUGACUCAACUUACGAAUCCACAAUCUGCUUUUAUUCGUUUGAACAACGUCGAUCCUAUCAUCUCUAGACUUUUGGAUUUGAUUGAUCAAUGCAAGUCUGGAGACUCCUUGUUGUUGGCCACGGCAGCUUUGAACAAUGUAACCCUUCAGCAUCCGAAUGGUGUUGAUAUCAUGUACAGAAACAAUGCAAUUUGCCGUCUCAUUUCUGCUUAUAACCGAGAAAAUUGUGCCACAAUUUUUGUCCAAGAGCAAAUUGUCACAGCCUUCUCCCGUCUUGCCGCACGCCAUCUGGAUUACCAAAUGGUUGAGGAGAACUCAAUUCCAGUUCUCUUGGAAUUCCUCUCACUCACACAUCCAAUGCAUGGGGACUACUGUAGAAGAAUAAGAUACAAAGCUGCAGUUUGCAUUGGGACGUUAGCCAAUAGCGAUGUUGGUCUCCAAGCUUUGUAUGAUAAUAAUGCCUACGCGAUUCUCAGCAAUGUGUUAUAUGAUGACAACAAUACAUCCAACCCGUUUAAUAUGAUUUGUAAUAGUAUUCGUACCAAAUUGGAAACAAAGUUCCAAUCAGAAAGUGCUGUUUAA